AUGAGAAACGGAAAUACUGUGAACAUUUUAAGUGAUGAGGAGAUAAAUAAAAAGUAUGUUGAAUUAAAAAAUAAAAUAAAUUUAGAAAAUGAUGAGGAUGAUUGUCAUAUCAAAGAGAUGAAACAUUUAUUAAAGAUAGUUUGUUUAAAAUAUAAAGCUAUAAAAUUUGGAGAUUUUAUUUUAAAAUCAAAAAGAAAAUCAAAAUAUUUCUUUUCUAGUGGAGUUUUAAAUAAUGUAAUUUCUGCAAAUAUUAUUUCAUUUUUAAUAUCACAUCUAAUUUUAAAAAAAAAUUUUAAAUUUGAUUACUUGCUUGGUGCUUCAUAUAAAGGGAUUCCAAUAGCAACAUUAACAAGUUACUUUUUAUUUUCUUCAAAUAAAUAUCACAACGUUUUUUAUUUAUAUGAUAGAAAAGAAAAAAAAGAAUAUGGAGACAAGAAUGAUAUAAUUGGAAUUUUAGAAGAUAAUAAUAUAAAUGAAGAAAAAAAAAUUAUUAUAAUUGAUGAUGUAUUUACUUGUGGUACAGCUUUAGGAGAAAUUUUAAAUAAAUUGAAACAUUAUAAUAAUCUAAAAGUAAUAGCAAUCAUUGUUCUUUUUAAUAGAAACGAAUAUAAUAUAAACGAAAAUAAUGAAAAAAUUUAUUUUAAAGAUUUAUUUGAACAAAAAUUUAAUAUUCCUUUAUACUCUAUUUUAAAUUAUAAUGAAGAUUUUGAUCAUUUAAUAUAA